GACACAAAGUGCACGAAUCUUUAUUCAAAUUCCACCGCCAGGAAGAUAGGAAAACACCCGGGUGGCCAGCGACAAACACCGCCCCCCACAUCAAAGGGCAGCGCGUGCGACCAAAACAGUGAAGGGGAGGGCAGGGACCAAAUCAAAACAGAGCCGGAGGGAGAAAUAACGCACCCCACCCCCCGCGGCGCCCCCCCCCCGGAACAACCCCAGGGCGCCGGCGGACCAAUCUCUGUCUAAACUGUUUGUGUCUCUCUCACAACUUGCCUUUCCACCUAUUUUGUAUGCAAAAUUGGCUACAGCACAUUGGCUUCCUUGCUCCACGGCAUUAAAAUGUCAUGUCAACGGUCGUGGUCCCUCUGUCUUGUUCUUGUAGCCACAGGUGGUGGUUAGUCCAGUCUGGUUUCUGGUCAAUGGUAACCCCAGGAUGUUGAUCACAGACCUGUAAAAUCAAUUUCCUCUUGCCUUUGCAAUCAACGGUGUCUUAAACCUAACAGAGGCCAGUGCUUGGGGCUCUUGAAUGGACUACCUACUCAGAAUGUGUCUACAUAAGUUUUUUGCAACUGUAGGUGAACGUAUGCUUGCUUCUCUUUUGCGUUGGCAUGUCAAUAAGCAAUGAUGUACUCCACUGUCAACCUGAGAGUUAAACGUUAACUAUGUAGGAGGACAGAGUGCAGUGUAUUGUCGUGUCCAGGCAGACUGUAUUUGCCUGUACCACAAGCCCAAUUGAGAAGAAUGCUGAGCAAACCAGUGUGCAUUAAUGAUUUCGAGCAACAUGCAAAGGAGAUUCUUCCGAAAGCAGUAUAUGAUUAUUACCGUUCAGGAGCAGAUGAACAACAGACAUUAAGGGACAACGUGGCUGCUUUCUCAAGAUGGAGUCUAUGUCCCAGGGUGCUCAGGGACGUGUCAAAAGUGGAUUUGUCGGUGACUGUCUUGGGUCAGAGAAUCAACAUGCCCAUUUGUGUAUCUGCCACUGCCAUGCAAAGGAUGGCACAUCCAGAAGGUGAAGUGGCGACUGUGAAAGCCUGUGGAAGGCUAGGCACAGGCAUGAUGCUCAGUACCUGGGCGACUUCCAGCAUUGAGGAAGUGGCUGAGGCAGUGCCCAGUGCGACACGUUGGCUGCAGUUGUACAUCUACAAGGAUCGGGAGCUGACUAAAUCCCUGGUGAGGAGAGCGGAGAAGGCUGGCUACUGCGGAGUCUUCCUAACCGUUGACACUCCCUACCUGGGGAAGCGUUUGGCGGAUAUGCGGAACAAGUUCAAACUGCCCCCUCACUUGAGGAUGGCAAACUUUGAGACACUCGAUCUGGCAUUUUCCAAAAAGGACUAUGGAGAUGACAGUGGGUUGGCUGUGUACACAGCUGAUGCUAUCGACUCCUCUAUAAAAUGGGAGGACAUUGACUGGCUGCGGGAGCUGACUAAACUGCCCAUCGUUCUCAAAGGAAUCUUGAGAGCUGAUGAUGCCAGAGAAGCUGCUAAGCAUGGAAUUGACGGGAUACUUGUAUCAAAUCAUGGAGCGAGGCAACUGGAUUGUGUGCCAGCCACAGUAAGUUAACUCCAUCA